GGUCAUUCUUGAAUUGAAACGUCCAUAGCCACACAAUUGCAAUAUUUUCAACAAUAUCACUUUGGUCUUCUUCUUUCAUGUUUGCAUUUUAUCUCAUUUUCAUUCACACUGCUCAAAUAUUCAGUUUCUGAGCUUUCAUGGCGGCUUAUGCAGCUCUGAUUUCUCUUAUGAGAGUCAUAGAUGAUAUUGAAACUCAUCCAUUCCCUCCGAUUUUUCUCGAUAAACAACAAGUUGAAUCGCUCACUGAAAAACUUGUGUUUUUGCAGGAAUUUCUCGAAAGCUAUAACUCUCCUUAUGCAUACAGCGACGAAGCAGAUCCGUUGGAGAUGCGCAUUGUAGAUGCAGCUCAAGCGGCCGAAGAUGUGAUCGAGUCAUAUAUAAUUGACACUAUUCACAUUUCUGCAGCAGCAACUGACGAUGGUGCUAGUGGUGGUGGUGAUGGUGAACAAAUUAGUUGCAUCCACUUCUAUCAGGAUCUGCAAAAUGUGAUUGAAGAAGUGGAUAUGAUCAAAAAAGAGGUGACUGGAAUAACAAGGGAAAAGGUAGUGCACCAGAGGAACGUGGCAGAUUUAAGAUCCAGUAGUUCCACUGAAAAGAAGCAUCUCAUGGUAGGGUUUGAUGAUGUGCUUCUUCAACUCUUGGAUAGGCUUACUGAUGGAAACACCAAUCGCCAAAUCAUCCCUAUCGUGGGGAUGGGUGGAAUCGGCAAAACUACUCUCGCAAAAGGUGCGUUCGAACACAAGCUUAUUAAAGAGCGUUUUGGUAUUUGUGUGUGGACUACCAUUUCCCAAGAUUAUAAUAUAGUAGAAACUCUUAGAGAAGUUCUCUCUCGAGCAGGAGGGUCCUCGAGCAGUAUGGAUGAGAAAGAAUUGGUAGUAAAAUUAUACCAGUAUUUAUGGGGUAGAAGAUAUCUCAUUAUAUUGGAUGAUAUGUGGAGUAUAGAUGUGUGGGAUAAGUUGAAAUUUUCCUUUCCUGAUUGUUGUAAUAGUAGUCGAAUACUAGUCACAACUAGGAUGUCGAACUUGGCUGCCCACUUGACUGAUUCCUAUAACGUCUUCAAGAUGGGAUUUCUAGAUGAGGCUAGUAGUUGGACUUUGUUCUCCAAAACUGUAUUUGGGGAACAAGGUUUCCCUACUCAACUCAAGAGUAUUGGAAAGAAAAUUGUGGAAAAGUGUAAGGGACUUCCUUUGGCGAUUGCUGUGAUAGGGGGUCUAAUGGCUAAAUCCGAACCUACAGUAGAAUAUUGGGAGCACAUAAAGGAAAACAUAAGCUCAAUAGUGAAUUCGGAGAAUGAUGAUUAUUGCUUGACAAUAUUGAAACUAAGUUAUAAUUAUUUGCCUAUCUAUCUAAAGCCUUGUUUUCUUUACAUGGGAGUGUUUGAGGAAGACCGUGUGCUUAGUGCUUUAGAAAUUGUCGAGCUAUGGGAGUCUGAAGGGUUUCUUAAACCAUUAGACAACAAAAGCAUGGUGACAAUUGCAAAAGAGUACUUGCAGGAGCUAGUUGAUAGGAAUCUCAUUUUAGUUCAUGAGUUGGGGUUACUUGGGAAUGUAAAAUCCUGCAAAAUUCAUGAUUUACUAAGAGAUUUAUCAAUGAAAGAAGCUCAAAAACAGAGGUUUUUUUAUGUUUUGAGAGAAGAAAGUCCUGUGGGCGUGAUGAGGCAACACCGGAUAGUUAUUCCAAGAAGUACUUCUAAGGAAAAAAUCGUCAAUGCCUUUGAAUCCAUGUCACAUGUUCGUUCUUGUUUACUAUGGUGUGAUUUUAUUCGUGUUCUAGAAUUGCCAAAAUCUAGAUUUCUGAGGACACUGCAUGCACUUAGACUUUAUCCAAAGAGAAGUACCCCAAAACCUGUGAACUCACGAUACCUUGCUUUUCGAAGCGUUGCUUUUCAUUUGCAAACUUCGAUCAAAUUUCUCUGGAAUCUACAUACACUAAUCAUUUUCUGUGAGGGUGAUUCUAUGGGACGAAUUGAUAUCUGGAAAAUGCUUAAACUUAGGCAUGUCGAGUUCUAUGAUCGAAUGAUGCAUCUCCGAGCUCCCCCGAGCGCUGACGAUGAUAUUAUUGUCAUGAAGCAUCUAGAGGUGCUCGGAGGAGUGAAGAAUCUCAAUUUGAGUGAAGAUGUUAUUCAAAGAAUUCCCAAUAUCAAGAAAUUAUCCAUAAUUGUGCGAGUGAACUAUCUCAGCUGUCUUCAGUGUCUUACCAAGCUUGAAUCCUUGAGUUUGUCCGUCUACUCCACCAAUAAAGGAAGGUAUGUUCAGAAGGGUUUUGAGUGGGAAGACAUACUGCCAAUGAUAGGGGCAUUACCACUUCUUCAUAAGCUCACAUUACGUGGAGGUCGCUUCAAAGAAGGCGAGUGGGAAACAACUGAAGGCCAGUUCCCCAGCCUCAGGUCACUAAACUUGGUCGUUUGUCAAGAUCUAGAAAACUGGACAGUGUCAGAGAGCUCCCAUUUUCCAUUUCUUCAGGAGCUUCGUCUUUGUAAAAUGAAAAACUUGAAGGAGAUUCCUUUGGAAAUUGGAGAAAUACCAACACUGAGAUCAAUUGAAUUGUAUCAUUGCAAUGAAUUAUUGGUGUUUUCAGCUAAAGAGAUAUUAAAGGAGCAAGAGGAUUUACAAGGAGACCAACCUGACCUUCAUGUUCGUGUUGAAGUCAAGAAGAAAGAUAAAGCGUUGCAGAGGCUGGCAAGUUCCAAUUUUGAAGUUGUAGUGUCUAUUUUCUAGUGUUAAUGUGUAUUGAUCUCUCUUCUUUUUUCUUAUUUAUUUCCUUGUAAACUUAAUCGGAUCAAUUUUUCAUUUCUCAUCUUGCAUAUUUGGAAUUGCUUUGAUACUACACAUGUAGUAUCCACAUUGUCAA